AGAACAUGAAUAUUGUAUCUCUAUCUCUAGUUUUGACGAGAUCGCAAACAAGCAACAAACUGUUAACAAUGGUGUCCAAUUCAUUCUAUUAUCCUCCUUCUUCUUCCUCCUCAUCUCUAACUAUAAAUAUCAAACCUCCAUUCCUUUCACCUCACAACAACCCUCACACUUUCUUUCCACGCAUUCAUACACUCAAUCUCAACAACAAACCCUCUUUCUCAACUUCUGGUUUCCGAAUUUCCAGACACUCUUCCAAUCUAGCAUUUCCAGUUCUAUCCUUCAAGAGAGGGAAGCAAGAACAACAGGAAUCAGAAAUGACGAUCACACCGGCGAUUCGUGUUUCGGAAGGAAAACUACUCGUCAAGGAUCGGGUGAUUCUGACGGGAAUGGCGGAGAACGUGGUGGAGACUUCAGCGGCGGCGCGUGGCCCGGUGGAGGGUGUGUUUCUCGGAGCAGAAUUUGAAAAACAAGACAGCAGGCACGUGGUUUCAUUAGGGAGGUUAACUGACGUUCGGUUCAUGGCGUGUUUCCGGUUCAAGCUAUGGUGGAUGGCGCAGAAGAUGGGAGAAAGCGGAAGCGAGAUUCCGUUAGAGACGCAGUUUCUGUUGCUGGAAACCAAACAUGGCUCCCACUUCGAAUCCGAUCAGAGUCAGAACCAGAUCGUGUACACCGUGUUCCUCCCUCUCGUUGAAGGCUCAUUCAGAGCUUGUCUUCAGGGGAAUGUGGAAAACGACGCCGUCGAGCUUUGUCUUGAGAGCGGCGACGGUGAUACUAGAGCGGAGGCUUUCUCCCAUGCUCUGUUUAUCAGCGCCGGGACCGAUCCGUUUAAAACAAUCCAUGACGCCUUCACCGCCGUCAGGAACCACCUCAACACGUUCCGCCUCCGCCACGAGAAGAAGCUUCCAGGAAUCAAUGACUACUUCGGGUGGUGCACGUGGGACGCGUUCUACCAGGAAGUUACACAGGAGGGGGUGGAGUCUGGUUUACAGUCGCUCGCUGCUGGCGGAGCGCCGCCGAAGUUUGUUAUUAUCGACGACGGCUGGCAAUCCGUCGCCGGCGACGAGAAGAUCUCAGAUUCAGAUUCCAACUCGUUGCAGAGGCUAACAGGGAUAAAAGAGAAUUCCAAAUUCCAGAACAAAGAAAAUCCAGAAUCUGGAAUCAAGAGCAUAGUGAACAUUGCGAAGGAGAAGCACGGUUUGAAAUAUGUCUACGUGUGGCACGCGAUUACAGGCUACUGGGGUGGUGUCCGGCCGGGGGUGAAGGAUAUGGAGGAGUACGGUUCUGUCAUGAAGUUCCCGGCGGUGUCGAAGGGAGUUUCGGAGAAUGAGCCAACAUGGAAAACAGAUCCAUUGGCGGUUCAGGGCUUGGGCUUGGUGAACCCGAAGAAGGUUUUUACCUUCUACGAUGAGCUCCACCGAUAUCUGGCCCAGGCCGGCAUCGACGGAGUUAAGGUUGAUGUCCAGUGUAUACUGGAGACUCUAGGCGCCGGCUUGGGCGGGAGGGUGGAGCUCACGAAACAGUACCAUCAUGCACUUGAUGCAUCCAUUGCCAGAAACUUUCCUGACAAUGGUGGCAUUUCUUGCAUGAGCCACAAUACCGAUGCGCUCUACUGUUCCAAACAAACCGCGGUUGUUCGGGCUUCUGAUGAUUUCUACCCGCGUGAUCCGAUUUCACACACCAUCCACAUUGCUUCUGUGGCGUAUAAUAGCAUCUUCCUUGGGGAGAUAAUGCAGCCUGAUUGGGAUAUGUUUCACUCGCUUCAUCCCGCGGCGGAGUAUCAUGCCUCCGCCCGGGCUAUAAGCGGCGGGCCUAUCUAUGUCAGUGAUAAGCCUGGGUGCCAUGACUUUGAGCUUUUGAGGAAAUUGGUUUUGCCGGACGGGUCCGUGCUGCGGGCCCGUCUGCCCGGGAGGCCGACCGCGGACUGCUUGUUUACCGACCCGGCCCGCGAUGGGGUGAGCCUGCUUAAGAUAUGGAACAUGAACCGCCAUGGCGGGGUGUUGGGAGUUUAUAACUGUCAGGGUGCUGCUUGGAGUGUUGCUGAAAGGAAGAACACAUUUCACCCCACAGAUUCUGCUGCAAUUACUGGCUAUGUCAGGGGGCGUGACGUCCACCUCAUAGCGGAGGUUGUUGCUGGUGGGAACGGUGGUUGGAGUGGUGACUGCGCCCUCUAUGGCCAUCGCUCCGGUGAGGUUGUGAUUCUUCCUUACAAUGUGGCUAUGUCGGUGACCCUUGAGGUGCUUGAACACGAGGUGUUUGCUGUUUCGCCUGUGAAGGAUUUGGCUCCUGGAUACAGGUUUGCUCCCGUUGGACUUGUGAACAUGUUCAAUGCUGGUGGAGCUGUCGAGGGCCUCGCGUACGAGGCGGUGGAAGGGGGCAGCGAGGGUGGAUUGGUUGGUAGAGUUCGUUUGGAGAUCAAGGGGUGCGGCAAGUUUGGUGCUUAUUCAUCAGCUAGGCCAACAAGGUGUUUGUUGGGAACUGAUGCUGUGGAAUUUGAGUAUGACAGUGAUUCUGGGCUGCUGAGUUUCGUUAUAGAUCAUUUGCCACGCGAGGAAGAGAAGGUUCACCACGUUCAGAUUGAGCUAUGAGUUGUUCAUUGUCUUUGUAGUUAGGUCUAUUAGCUUCUAUAGUUCAUACGUAUUGAAUUAGAGAGAUGGGGGAUUAGUAUAGGAGAGGGUUUUAAGCAAUUUCUCCCCCUUUGAGAGUUUCCACAUUCUUUGUACUAGCUAUGUCUUAAUUUGAAUGAAGAUUAUUAUACCAUGGUUCUAUC